ACCAAAUCAACUAAGACCAUUAAAAAGUGACCCCUCCCAACACUGAUUUCAGCUGGAACAGCAAGAAACACAGAUCACAACAAACCUAACCCUAAUGUCUGGAACUUAUCUCGUGUAUCUGAAGUUCUCAUAAUUAAGCUUUGAUCAACCCUAAUCUCAAAUUUUAAUCUUUUUAACCGUAACCCCAUUUGAUCUACAUUUCUCAGUCUUCAUAAAGUUGCUCAAGGAUGAUUGGGUAUCACUUGCAUUCACUUUUUUUAGUAUUUUUGUGAUGAUCUGAAGGGACGGAUCUGUAGAAGUUGUUGAUAUCUGUUGGUUCUGUUUGGGUAAUCGAAUUGACUGGUACAGUUUUUCGUUUUUCUGAAUUGAUGCAUGUGAUCUUCAGUUGGUAGAUUUGCGGUCUGGUCUUUUCUAUUUUCUUUCUUUGUUUGGUAAGUACUGGUUUUGUAUAUUUUCCAAAUUUAGCUGAAAGUUUUUGUUGAUUUUGACAUUUAUAGGAAAAUUUUGGGGAUGAUUGUCUCUAAGUUUCAUCAAAGAUUGCAUCUUUUAGCUCUGUAGUUUCUGGGUUUCCUUUGUUAGUGUUGUUAGCAUCUAUGUGUGGAUAACUAAUUAAUUUGAAGCUCAUUUGAUGUGGGUUUGAGGAAAAAUUGGAGGGCUAGGAUUAUUAUUAUAACAUUGCAAGUGUUCGUUGAUGUGUUGACAGACUAGGGGGGCACUUAGAUGUCACUUAAGAGUAUUAUUCAAGACAUGAGGGGGGAGCUUGGGAGCAUUUCUAGAAAAGGGUUUGAAGUAAAGUUUGGGUAUGGGUUGAGGUCAAGGUCGCACCGGGUGGUUCAGGAUAGUUCAGUGGUGGUUGAUGGUUUGCAGCAGAGUUGUUGGGCUAAUAUGCCUCCCGAGCUUUUGAGGGAUGUGUUAAUGAGGAUUGAAGCAUCUGAAAAUACUUGGCCUCCUCGGAAGAAUGUUGUUGCUUGUGCCUGUGUUUGUAGGAGUUGGAGAGAAAUCAUGAAGGAAAUUGUGAGAAGUCUUGAAAUCUCGGGCAAGCUGACGUUCCCGAUCUCCUUGAAGCAGCCUGGUCCAAGGGACUCCCUCAUUCAGUGUUAUAUAAAACGGAAUCGUAACACCCAAACAUAUCACCUCUAUCUCAGUUUAUAUCAAGCUUCACAUGAUGAUGGAAAAUUUCUUCUAGCUGCACGGAAGUGUAGGUAUGCAACAUGCACAGACUACAUUAUCUCAUUCAAUGCUGAGGAUGUGUCAAAGGGGAGCUGCACCUAUGUUGGGAAGUUAAGAUCAAACUUUCUGGGAACCAAGUUCACAAUACAUGAUGCACAGCCUCCAAAUGCAAGGGUCAAUAUCACUAAAUGUCAUUCCACCAGACUAGUGGGUUUGAAACAAGUCUCCCCUAAAGUUCCUGCUGGCAACUAUGCUGUAGCCCACAUUUCAUAUGAGUUGAAUGCCAUGGGUUCCAGGGGUCCAAGGAGGAUGCAGUGCAUCAUGGAUGCCAUCCCCGCUUCUGCUAUUGAACCAGGAGGAGUGGCACCCACGCAGACUGAAUUCCUUCCUAGCAACACAGAUUCUUUCCCGUCCCUUCCAUUUUUCAGAUCAAAGUCAACCUGCAUGGAGAAUUCCCAGCAUGGACAUUUGUUCACCCAGAAAGAUGGAAUGCUGGUGAUGAAGAACAAGGCCCCCAGGUGGCAUGAGCAACUAGAAUGCUGGUGUCUGAAUUUCAAUGGCCGGGUAACAGUUGCUUCAGUAAAGAACUUUCAGCUGGUUGCUUCUCUAGAGAAUGGAGUUGCUGGGCAAGAGCAUGAGAAUGUCAUUCUCCAAUUUGGAAAAGUUGGGAAGGAUUUAUUUACCAUGGAUUAUCAGUAUCCAAUCUCAGCAUUCCAGGCAUUUGCCAUCUGCCUCAGCAGUUUUGACACCAAGAUUGCUUGUGAAUGAUUGACAAACAGGGAAAACCUAGUGCACAAGGCUCCCGCUAGUGCGGGUUCUGGGGAGGGUCAAACGCCGUGUUUUGGACCUGUGACCUCCAGGUCACAAUAGAGCAACUUAACCGUUGUCCCAAGGCUUGCCCUCUCAUAUUGUUACCCUGGAUUCUAUUAUUUGCUUAUUAACUUCACCACAAGAGCAUAUUCUUUUAUGUGCCUGUUGGAUUUUCUUAGUUAUGCUCUUGCUAGAUUAAGGGAAAAUGUCUAAUUUUCUGCAACAUUUGUUAAUGAAUUCUUUACCAUGUGCAUUAUUAUUCAUUUGUAAAUUUCUGAUGCUACGUGCAUGUGAACUUUUGGAUAUAUCAUUUAUGAAAAAUAAAAUGAAUAUACUUGGAUGUCUCUUAUUUUAAAUGUAAACCUUCUCUAAAAUGUCGUCCGCACAGCUUUGUGCAUAUCAUUAAUGCCUGAAUUAGUUUGACAUAUUUUUUAAAAUUUCUUUCAUACUAUUAGUUUCCUCUCCCCCCCCCC